CUACGAAAAGUUUGUCGUAAUUUUUUGUCGCAGAGUUGAUAAAUUCUUCAAGUAGAAGAAAAUAAACAACAACAUUGUGAAUCAGCUAUUAUUCAUUUCACCCCUAGAUUUUGUUUUUUUCUCUGCCGGUAUUCAGUGUGUGUUACGUACCUAAUUUUUAUUUUUGUUUACUGUUCCAACUUGUAUUGGAAAUGGAAUUGAAAUUUAGUUAUUGAAGAAAAAAAGUAUUAAAACCGGAGAGUGUGACAAGAAUCGAAAAAAUAAAAAUAAGGAGACGAGUCUGUUCUGUAUGUGUUGGGUCAUUGUGAGAUUUUUACUAAAAAAAUCAAUAAUCCGAUGAACGACGACGCCGCUGACGAUAGAUAUCAAAUAUUUUGAUUGCCAAUUGAAAUAAAUUAACAAAAAUUGUUGUUUAAUUUAACUCAGUUGAAACUUGAAAGGGUUGUUGAUGUACACGAUGUCAAAAGUAGUAAGCAACAAGCGACAGCUGAAGCGACUUGUUGAAUUAUUACAAGUUAAUUUAGAUGUUGCCAAAGCGGUUUGCACAAAAUAUACAGCACAAAGGAAAUUUGUAGAAUUCGCUAAAGAACUAAAUAAGCUGGGUCCACCACAGCGCGAAUGGCAUAAAUGGAUGAGAGUAUGGGGAGAUUUAAAGUGUAAAAUAAAGAAGAAGAAAACAAACUCAAUGGCUCCUAUAAAUCUGCCAGAUGGGACUGUUGUUAAUAAUUGGUGUCAUUUUACUGAGCUGGAAGAGGCUGUCAUUGAAAUGCUUGAUUUAAAUACAUAUGAUAUUCAAGCUGAGGAUCAAAAAGAAGAAUUGGAAGAAUCCAUAUCUAUAAUCAGCACAGAAGAUGAAGACGAAGUUAAGCUUGAGUGCAUGGAUUUUGAAGAAGAAAUAAUGAAAUCUUUAGAAGAAGAAGUAGGGAAACCUACUUUCAUAAAAACUGAACCAGAAGAAGAAUAUGAUACACCACCAAUCAUUGAAACCGUACCAAGACCAAUCCGAUUGCCAACGGAUAGUUAUACGAAAAUUCUUGAAGAACAAAUUUUAGCUCAGAAAGAAUUUUACAAAAGAAUGAUAGAUCUCAUGGGUGAUAUGAAGAGAAGUAUGAGUAAUAUUGAGGAUUAUAUCAAGAGAAGCAAUCAACAAAAAGAUGAUCUGCUUGAAUUGAAAAGACUGAAAUUAAAAGCGUACAAGGAAAAAAAGUUAGAGCAAACGAUUGAAAGGAAAGCUAAGCUGAGACUUAAAGCUGAACUUUUGGCACUUAAAAAGAGGAAAGUAAACACAAUGGCUGCUUCUGCUAGUAGUUCAUUUAAUUCGAAAUGAUUUUUUUAUUCCAAGAAUAUAA